GGAAGAACCUUAGAUAUGGCGAAACCUCAAUCUGUGAGAAGGGUAAGGGGGCGAAAGCAAGUUCAACGCUCCCUUGUUCUCGUUUUGUUGCUUUUGCUCCUGUCCGAUCAUUCAAUGGAGGAAGAAAAGGCUCUGAAGAGAAUGGCGGAGGCCUUCAGAGAGUUAGCCAACGCUAUAAAUCAGUGUCCCGAAGGGGAGGAAGCCGCGCUCCAACUUCGCCAGUUCUCUCAUGCCUGCUCCCUCGUCUCCCCUCUCUUCCGUUGCCUUGGCAUUGCUUUCAAGUUCGCCGAGCUUGAUUACGUCGCCAAAGUCGACGAUCUUAUGCAGGCAUCAAGCUCAAUAUUGACACUGCCAGUGAUGAUGGAUGGUGACAUUGAAGCCAAUUGCGUGCGAAAGGCCGGGAGCCAUACAAGGAAUCUUUUGAGAGUGAAGCGCGGGGUUGAUAUGAUCAAAGUUUUGUUUCAGCAUAUGAUUUCUUCAGAGGGAAAUUCCCUGAAGGAUGCUGCUUCGAAGGCUUAUGCACAGGUGUUUGCUCCAUACCAUGGGUGGGCCAUUCGAAAAGCUGUAGGUGCUGGGAUGUACACCCUCCCCACUAAAGCACAGUUGCUGAGUAAACUGAAUGAAGAUGAAGCAUCGGCGAGAACUCAGAUGCAGAACUAUGUGUCGUCGACAGGACCUGUGGUUGCAUACAUUGAUAAGCUAUACAUGAGCAGAGGUUUGGGAAUUGAUUGGUGAUCAUUCUUAGGUACAUUCUGAAUUUUAUUUUAUUUUAUUUUUUUUUGCAUCUUAUCUUAUUAACUUAUAAUUCUUGAUUUCCACAAAACUAAUUGCUUUAUUAUUCUACCAUGUAUAGUCCAGUCCAGCCCAUUGAAACAGGUAUUUGUAUUUAUGAUCAGAUAUUGAAUAUACAUUGAUAUCUAUAUACACAUGGCUGGGCAAAAUUUCGCAUUG